UAGAGUCGAUGCAGUGUUGUUUUCACUGCUGAAAGUCAAUAGGGAGACGUGCCAGCAUCGGAUCCAGCAAACGUGCCAAGCUUGCAACGAACCGCUGUUUUAUUUACGGUAUUGCAAAGCUUACAAAGUGCUGGUCACGGUGGUGCCAGUUCGUUGCCUUGCAAAGUUCGGUCUUGCGGUCGGGCUUGUCGCAGUCGGCGACGGCACAAGCCAGUCGGUUGGCCUCCCGUUGUAAACAGCGAUGGAGAAAACUGAAUACAUCGAUGUGCCAGAGUGGGUGAUCAUCCACGAGCUCUAUGAAGGCGAGAACUCGCACGAAGCGUUUGAGCUGGACUUUGACCGUGCCCUCGAAGCCGGACCAGCAUCCAUCAUUGUGGAGCCCCGGCGGCUAGGUGAGGAAACGGCCCGCUGGAUUGCACUCGGAAACUGCCUUCAUCAGACGUCCCUCCUGUCCGGAAUUGGAUCGCUAGCCACGACCCUUCUCCUGUGCCCGCCGUCGCCGACGCCAUCUUCUGCUCACACCCUCUUUGUGAUUGGCGCUCCACUGGCUGGCGUAAGCGCCUUCUGUGCUGCCGUCUACUCGCUGUCGUGGGCAACCGACCCCUGCAUCCACUACCAGGUCGAGAAAGAUCGGGCCGUCCUCGAUCGGCUACCGCUGAGGGAACUGGCUAAUCCGCAGCCACUAGUGCUGGUGCGCAGGGACGAGCGAAAGAAGCGAGCGGCGCACCUCAUCACAACGGGCCUGUCUGUCGGUGUGGUGUUGUGGAGGCUAUACCAAGUGUGGCGCAAUGGGGACUCCGGAGCCCUCCCGGCAUACAGCUAGGGCUCAUGUAUGCACGGGCGUUUAAAAACAAAGUAUCUAGACAUCAACAGACAAGUUACGUGGAGGUGGCAAAGGUGAUAGUUGUGAACGCCAGCUGCUUUAUGCCGCUAGUGAGGACAGAUGCCCUUGCACAUAAUGAAGGGGCAGCAGCUGCCUUGUCAACCUUUUGUUUUGAUAGCUUAAAAAAAAAAAACAUUUUUAUCUUUCCUGACUUAUUUUCAUGCGUAGGGAGUGUGAAGAAAUUAUCGAGGCAUAGUAUCAUUUCAAAUCUAGUUUGUAAAACGCAUGUAAAAUAUUCGUGAAGAAUUGAUGCAAAUAUAAGUGACGAGUGCCUUGUUUGAAAUGCCGUGUGAAGAUCUGUGUUUGAACUGCGAGUUUAGUUCUUUUGUUGUGCUGACUAAUUGUCGCACCUCAGUCAGUGGACAAAGAGUAAGCAGCCUUAUCACGAAUUCCUGUAAGCCUUUGAGGGCUGCACAAUACGGUUAUGCUUAUAGGUAAAGAGGAAACUAUUGUCUCUGACAAUGUGCUGAAAUUUACUCGUACUUAUAUAAACAGGAAUAAGUUACUAUUAUUUCUCGGAAAUUUUUCUUCCAAAGGCAGCUGCGAAUAAAGGAAAGGAAUUGGUACUUAUUGUAUCUUGUUUCGAAGUUUAAUGAAAAACAGAUAGCUUGCCCAUAUGCAUUAAACAGUGUUCUCAUUAAACAUUCACCGUGCCUCCAUGUCUACAUUUUA